CGCCCCAGCCGGCGGGCGCGGAGCGGGCAGCGGGGCCCGGAGCGCAGGGCCCUCUGGGGAGCCCGGGAAUUGGGACUCCCCCCUCCUCCGGGAGCCCCCAGAAGAGGAUGGGCAGCGGACGCAGCCGGCUGAGCUGCUGCAAGCCCCCUAAAAAGAGGCACCAAGAGCCAGAUCAACUAUCCCACCCAGAACCACAGGAAUUGGGUCCCCUUAAUAAGGACACAGCCACAAAUGUCCAGCUAUGUGCAUCUGAGGAAUCCAAGCAGCACCAGAAGGACAUAACCAGAAUCCUCCAGCAACAUGAAGAGGAGAAGAAAUGGGCCCAACAGAUGGAGAAGGAGAGGGAGCUAGAACUUCGGGAGAGACUGGACCAGCAGCGAAGAGUCCUGGAAGGAAAAUACAAGGAGGCCCUGCAAGUCCUCCAGGCCUCACACGAGCAGGAGAAAGAAGCCUUUACACACUCCUUCCAGGAGGCCAAAGCUGCCUUUCAGGACACCAUAGCGAGACUGACCUCACAGCUAGAGGUAUUUCAGGCCAAGAUGAAAAGGGUAGAAGAGUCCACUCUAAGCCAAGACUAUAAGAAGCACAUCCAGGAUUACGGGAGCCCCAGCCUGUUCUGGGAGCAGGAGCUGGAGAGCUUGCACUUUGUCAUCGAGAUGAAGAAUGAGCGGAUUCACGAGCUGGACAAGCAGCUGAUCCUCGCGGAAACAGUGAAAGAAAAAAAUCUGAUGUUAGAGGAAAAAAUAACAACCCUGCAGCAGGAGAAUGAGGACCUCCUUGUCCGAGCCCAGAAGCAGGCAAUGAUGUCAAGGCAGCUCUCAGAGGACCUGCUUCUGGCCCAAAAGACCCUGGAGGAGGAGUCACGGGUACGGCGACAGCUGCAGCAGGAGAAGGAGGAGCUGCUGUAUCGGGUCCUUGGAGCCGAUGCCACCUCCACCUUCCCCCUGGCCUCUGUCACCCCCACAGAAGUCUCCUUCCUCGCCACAUAAUGGGCAGGACCUGGGCCCACCAUGACACCUGUGCUCACAGCCCCCUCCAAAGACUUUCUGGAGGAGACAACAAGAGUGUCUCAGUUCUCUUCCCAGGAGGGAACAGGGUGGGAGUGAGGGGGGAAGCCUGGGUUCACGAAUGCCCAGGGAGCCCUUGAGCCUGGGUCAUGAGGACCACCCACAGGGCUUUGAAGGCGCCUCUCCUCUAGUUGGCCUGGGGAUCAAGCAAGAGGAGCCCUUUCCUCCUGCCCCUUUCUGCCCAAAUCAGUAAGUGCUGAGGCUUUUCCCAGGUGGCCUGUGCUGCUUUGGCCAUCUGACAAAGGAGACAGCUCCCAGGCCCAGCUCAUCAGCUUUGCUGCUGACUUAUCUACUGUCAGCAUCCCCCAACUGUUCCCACAUGUGCCCUCUCCCUCUGUCAGCCUCAGCUUACCCCCACCCUAAGAUGUUGAGGUGACAAGAUGGCCUGUCGCUGCCGUGUCUACCUCCAGGAUCAUCUGAAGGUUAGACUAGGGGUUGAGUGGUGGACACACGCUAUGAGUCAGAGCAGGAAGGGCAACUGUUGGGAGGGAGUCCCUGCAGGCCCCAGGGUGACCGGAGAGGCAGCCACCCUAGCCAGUAUCACUCUGGUGCCUGAGUGGUCAGCCCCGGGGGCAGUGGCAGUCACCAGGCCUGACUCAUCCUCCUGCCCUCCUGCUGCUUCAGUCUCAGUGCCACCUGGCCCCAGGGGCCACCUUAGCAGGUCUGAGGAUCCUCAACAGGCAGGACUGAAAGGGAGGGGGUGUGGCCUCCACAGACUCAGAACUGGGACCUCUCCUGUUGUCCGGGUCCUACCUUUCCUGUUGCUCUGUGUUCUCCCAGGCUCUGGUGAAGUCAGUAUAUGACUUAGUCUUUCUCUGCCUUCCUCUGCCUAUCCCCAUCACAGUCUCUCUUUCACUCCUCUCUGCCUUCACUCCUCCUGCCACCCUGGACCCCAGACCCUGGUCCUGGGCUCCCAUAUGGCCCUCAACUUCCCCAUCAGUGAGAAGAGGUGGCACAGCAAGUGACCUCAGCAGGGCUGUGCAGUGGACAGUCUAUGGCUUUCAGGUCCUUCUCAGGAACUUCAGGUAGCUAUAUUUCAGGAUCCUAUACUACCCUUCCUCCUGCAUAAAACACUGCCAUCAGUCCGCUGAUCAUCAGGAGAUCCUUGAAACAGGUUCUUACCCCUCUUUUGCAGCAGAGCAAGCUGAGGCCACAAGAGCCAGAGGUCCAUGCCUGAGGCCACCCAGUUCAGCCAUAAGCUGUUGACCAGCUCAUAGGAAAAGCCAGUCCACAUUUUCCAUCAGUUGACCUAUGGUGGCAUCAUCCCAAACAAACCACCUCUCCACUCCCCUGGAUACCAUCUCCAUCCAUUUCUGGUUCUUGAAGUUCAAGUGUGACUGUUUCCCUACUGAGCAUCUGAGAAGAGGUCAGGCUCCGGGAGUGCAGAACUGCUUGUCCAGCCAUGGCUGGUCAAGUCUCUGGGAACCUCAAGAUUGAAGUGCACAUGGAAUGGUCCAUGUAACUUUUUCCGAAACACAUCCGGUGUGCACUAGUUUAUUAGACAUUAAUAGGCAUGACCAAAAAGGAAUCAGUGGUCCAGAAUCUCGGGAAACUCUAGGUUUAAUCCAGUUAAAUAGAUCAGCAAUCUUUAAAAUGCUAGUGUGUGUUGCCAAUUUCCAAGAAGGGAGCAAAGUAUCCAGCAUCUUCCAAAUUUCUUUGACCAAGCUGCUACUCUCCCACCCCACCCCGCCCCACCCCCCAAAGCACUUCAGGCUGCAGAAUGCACUUUAGAAAGCAUCCUUUUAAUUGAGAGAGGCUGGGCUGGUGAAGGGGAAUGCUGUAGUGAGCAGGGGUUUCCCUCAUGUACCCUAAGCUGGACUGAGGAGGUGAGCUGUGGUCAUCCCCUUACUCUGGGGCAGACAAGCUGUAGAAAGUAAAAGAACAUGGCAUGUCUCCGUUAGUUGGUCUCUGUGUCUUCCCAGGAGGAGAAAGAGGUGGGUCUUCUGAGGACUCUGCCAGUGGCACGGAUCUUGAAGAUACCCUGGGACCUGGUGAUCCACCAGAGGUUCUGGGCUCCCUCUUCAUGUACUGGGGUUCCACAGGCUCAGCUGUGCUCCAGCCUUAACUGAAGCCUGGGGUUAGGGUGAUGGCUAGAUCGAACAUUGGCCUUCAUAUGGGUCAGGGCAUGGAGCGAGGCCAGGGUGGAAGUGAGGGUGAAACACAGUGAUGGGCUGGAGGGUACAAAGAGCCAGUAAGCAGGUGAUUUCUGCCACUCACUGUGGGGCAGAAUUGGCAAAAGCAACACUGAACUUCCUACAGGUAGUUACCCCUGUUUCUGCCCAUUGCUGCAGCCAGAAAAGGAACUAAGAAGGGGUACAAGAACUAAGAGGGCUUCGGGUCACACAGCCACAGGUGGUGGCAGAGCCUGUGCCAUGAAGGUUGGUAACCCAGCAGGUGUAGAAGCCAGUAUCCCCAGCCCAAGUCUCUUCCUCAUACAGGGUGCUCUCUGCCUCCUGCUGUACCUGAUCGUCCCGGUGUAUCACAUUGGCCCACUCACUGACAUAGGGGACAAAAAGUAACUGUCCAUUCCUGGUGCCAUCUCAGAGUGAGGCACCAGCGAGCAGGUAAGAGGCACCAUGUAGCCCUUCAAGGAAAGGGAAGUGACUUGCCCAAGGUCACAUUUGGCAUCGGGCCAUCUUAAAGGUCAGGUUCUUUGUGAAAACCUUUAUGCUUCAUGAGUUCUUGGAGAGAAGCUGAUGUCUCCUCCCUGACUCAAGAAAUAUUCCAGAGGUAAUGGCUCAGCACAGGAUUCUCUGACAUGGUUUCAUGGUUGUCUGGUUCUGCAGGGAUGUCAUUAGCACUACCUCCCCAAAGAUACAAUGCGGAUUCUGUUAUCAGACAAGUUUGGGAGAUUUGAGUCAAACCACGAAGUCAGGAGACAAACCUCUGACAACUUGUGCGCAUGAGUGUUCUCACUCUGCCAAGCAAAGGGUGAUGAUUAGAGGAGCGCUUUCCUGAGAUCACAUUUCUAGACAUGGGGCAGGGUGGGAGAGAACUUGUUGGCAUUCUACCACCCCCAAGCACAUGCAUGGAGAAAUGAUGGCUUAGCAAAUCCAUGUGGUUUCCAAACCAUCUCUCUUCGUGGGCCUCCAUUUCCUCUUAUGACAAGCAGGAGAAUGAUCCUUCAUGCUUCUUGUGGCCUCUGUGGGAUCCAUCUUUCUGGGGCCAGCCCUGGGCCAGCCACUGCAGGGAUGAACUCGGGGUCAGAAUGUGUGGCUCAGCUCAUGUAGAGGUGGCACUGCAGCAAAUUUUUUUUUUUUUGGCAGUACUGGUUAAACUCAGGGUCUUGUGCUCGCU